AUGGAAUUUUUAAAUUCAGCUGUUGGGAAAAACAUCACAUUUGUGAAACCUGCAUAUUUCAUAAUAAGUGCAUUUAAUGGCAUAGCUAAUAUUAGGUAUUACUUUGUCUUUCUGUGCUUUAUUUACAUUUUUUCAGUGGUGGGAAACACACUACUGAUGAUUGUCAUAAUUUUGGAUCAUACAUUGAGAAGUCCAAAACAUAUUGGAGUUGUGAACUUUGCAUUUACAGACCUGUUAAGUAGCUCUGCUUUGAUGCCAAAGCUUGUUGACAUUUUUCUGUUUAACCAUCACCAUAUCUCCUACAAUGACUGCUUGGCAUUCAUGUUUUUCUGCUUGACCUUUUUUGCAGCUCAGGCUUUUAAUCUGGUUGUGUUGUCCUUUGACAGAGUCCUGGCUAUCACGUACCCGCUGCACUACCAAAUGAGAAUCAGCCACAAGCUCAUUUUAUCUUUGAUCGCUUUUUUCUGGCUUCUUGCAAUUACUAUCAUACUCACUGCAGUUGGUCUUCUCACAAGACUUUCUUUCUGUGACUCUGUGGUUAUUCAGAGCUUUUUCUGUGAUCAUGGACCUGUGUAUCAGCUUGGCUGCAAUGAUCUUACUCCAAAUCGUGUAAUUGCUCAUUUGGCACCAGUUCAUGUUCUUUGGGUUCCACUGGCAUUUAUCGUGGGAAGUUACUGCUGUAUUGGUUAUUCUUUGUCAAAAACUGUUACAUGUAGGGAAAGACUAAAGGCUUUAAAAACCUGCACAAGUCACCUUUCAUUAGUGGCAAUUUAUUUCCUCCCUGCACUAUUUAUCUUUACCUUUGGGAGUACAAUACUUCCAAAUGCAAGGACUGUAAGUCUAUCUUUGGCCACUGUCAUGCCUUUGACUUUAAAUCCAAUAAUCUAUGGUCUUCAGACACAGGAAAUCAAAGAAUCGUUAAAGAAGUUAUUAAAAGUUAAAAUGCAAUUUAAAAUUCUGUUGAUUCUUGAAGUCGACGCUGUUGGUCUGGAGCUGCCUUUUAUCUUCAGGAAGAGAUUGACCAUCCUUAAAGCUUCUUUCCAGGAUAAGAUGUACAUCGAGGACCAGUUUGCUAUGGGAGAGCCUACCAGGGGGCAGAAGCCCCCGGACAACAUAGCCCCUGGGAUUCCUGGGACACACAAACCCUUCCACUUCACAGGAAAGGUAGCCAUAUGCCUCAGUGCUUUCAGCCUCGCCUGCAGCAGCGGCUUCGUCCAUGCCUUCGCCUGGCCCAGCUUUAGCUUCGACUUCGCCUGGUCCAGCUUCAGCGUCACCUGGUCCUGCCUCCGUGUCUUCGCCUUCAGCGUCGCCUGGUCCUGCCUCCGUGUCUUUGCCUUCAGCGUCGUCUGGUCCUGCCUCGUCUGGGUCUGCGGUUAA